CUAGAAGUCAGUGAUAUUCAGCAGGGUUCGAUGUACCGAUUUUGAUUUGAUUUUUGGUUGUGGUGGAAGGCUGCGUAGUCGUACUGGCUCGAGCAACUCGCCUCGGGCCCGGCCCUGGCUUCGUGCGAGUGGGUACGCUCGUGCUGCGGCUCAUGGCCGCCUCCAGCAGGCUGUGGUGGGACGUGCCGUAUGGCCCCGACGGGACCACUGCGCCCGAGGGCUCCCGCUUCCUCAGGCUCCACAAGGCUCCUGCGUGCAUGCCGGCGGGCGAGGCUCACGGGACGGUGUGCGUGAUCCACGGAGGCUUCUGGAAGAACAGGUACGGCCUGGACGACGAGUAUGGGAACGCCGGCUGCUGGUCCGUGGCCCCGUUCUUCCUCCGCAGGGGUUUCUCCGCUGUGGAGGUCGAGUAUCGCCGGCGCGACCACGAAGGCGGCGGGUGGCCAGGCACGAACGAAGACGUGCUGGCCGCGCUGCGGAAACUGGAGGAGCUGCACCGUGAGCCUCAGGCCGGGAGCACGGCGGUCGAGUGCGGCGACGGCGCCUUCCUCGCGGCAGCGCGAGCGCUGCGCCCUGGCCGCGUGGUGCUCGUGGGCCACUCGGCCGGGGGCUGCCUGGCGCUCUGGGCCGCGCACCAGCUGGUGGACCCAGGAGCCCUGCGGGUCGCUCUGACGCUGGCUGCGGCGCCGGUGGCGGACCUGGUGCUCGGCCACGAGCUCAAGAUCUCGGACGAAGGAGACGCCGUGGAGCGCUACAUGGGGAGGGCCCCCGACGGCGAGGCCGCCCUCGCGGAGUACGCGAGGGCCUCGCCGGCGGCGCUGCUGCCCGUGAGGUCCCCCCUCGUCGUGGCAUUCGGGGGCCAGGACGCCGACGUGCCCCCAGCCGCGAUCGAGGGGUAUGCGGCGGCGGCGAAGUCCCAGUCCCCCGACCUUGUCGCUGUGGUGCAACUGGAGGACGCCGACCACUUCGACGUGGUCAGCGCCCGCUCCGCCGCCUGGCUCGAGCACAUCGCCCCGGCGCUGGCGGGGCUGGCCGAGGCGGCCCUCGGCGUGGAGGCCGCGGCCGCGCUGAGGGCGCGGUAUCCAGAGGAGGAGGAGGAGGAGGGCCGCGCCGCGUAGGAGCCGCGGCGGGACGGCGAGAGCUCGCGGGAGCGGCAGUCCGGGCCUCCCAA